AGCUACUGUCUUGGGUGAUAGAGGAAGGGAUUUGACAGAACCCCAAGUGGCUGAAUCUUUCACCGUGUUUCUACAUAUUUACAUAUUGAGGACAUGCAGGGAAGAUGAAGAUGAGUGACCUUGUCAAGCUGAGAGUCAUUGAGUGGGUUAAGUCAAGAAAUGUCAUGCCUCUUCAUAUCAAGUGGGAAGACAAACAAAUGUUGAUCAACUGAAACAGGAAGUGUCAUAUCACUAUUUCCUCUUGAGGACUAGGAAUUUCAUGCUCAAGGACGCCACAAGUGUGACCCAAUGACCGGCUUAAUAAGGCAGAAGGGCCCCCAGCUAUUGUGACGCAGAAGACACCUUUGGAUUACACCCCCAUUGUCAAUGAACUUUACAAUCUCGCAAUUUGGACAAUUAUUCUUGGACAGACAACUGGUGUGUUAGCGCAGUGUUCCCUGAUAAUAGACAUUUGACCACAUUUCGUAUACAUGAUGCCCAAGUGAUAGUUGUUCGUGGUUUGCCUCUCAUGUUCUCCUGCUGAAUAAUUCAUACGGACUUGAUAUUUAGCCAAUUCUCCUGAGUGUAGCUGCUGUCAGCUCUGAGGAUAGCCACUGAAUGAGUGGCAGUGAGCUAGAUAAACCAUGAACCAACAAAUCAUAUAUAUACUGGAUGCAGUUGGAUACGACUUCUGAUGUUCAGUUCAUAGGAUCUUCAUUUUGUAAUCACUGAAGUUAGGGUGGCAAUCAAUCAAACUUGUCUGGUUGUGAGGAUUGUCUAUCGAUCAUUUUAAAUUGGUGGAUUUGCUGACGUUACGAUUGGUGAUUGAUACAUAUUCAGUCUGGACAGAUUUGUGUGUAUUGAGAAUAUCGAUUGGUGCAUAUCGUGGAUGUGGUUAUUGGUCAUUGAACUGAUACAGAAUAAUGUGAAUCAUUGCUAACUGCUGCAGCUUUGUCUAGAUACCAGUAAUUCAUCCACUCUGCACUACAGAGAAAGACCAUUAUCUACAGUUAUGGAAUUACUCAUAUUUUUAUUUCAUAUGGAUGAAACUUCUCAUUUAGGCUCGAGUGGAACUCCUCUCUGCACAUAUAUGACUAAUGUUUUAUUGAGCAAAUUACAGUGAAUUUUUUGCUGAUUACUCUUGAACAUUUUUCAUGUUGUCAACAAACACGGACCUGCUAUGUGACUAACAUUUGUUGAUUGUUGUGUAAACUUAGCACUUUGAACACAACUUUAGCGGAUCACACAUGAUUUUGCUGUUUGGACAACAAUUAUUGUCAACACAAAUGUGGCUAUCAGAAUGACCUAGACAUAGCCUAGACUAAGCCGAACUUAACGCACAUUGUUCAGACAGGGAAGACUUUUUUUGCUGGUUCAAAGGAUAAGUACCUUAACAGUGCAUUUUUUCUUUCAACCCAUUGAUUCUCUUAAUGACUCGUGAAAGACGGGUCGUUAAGAAGGGGAGACUAAGAACAAGGAUUAUUGCAAGUUUAAGUGUUUAUUUGUGCUAACAUCCUGGGAGUAGUUUCCUGCAUUUGGUGACUCGACCUCCAAACGAACAGGUGUCAUAACUUGCAUUGCAGUUAACUAUUCUCUGACCGUUUGGACCUUCUUGACAAGACUGACCACUUUGCUUCCAUACAGACUCGAACACAAAAUCAAUCGUGCUUUGACUCGAGUGAUAUUUCUUUGCUUACAAGCUAUUUCCCAACGUGAAACCGAUUCGAGAAUUAGCUGGUAUUUGGACCCUUGGGAUAUCUUACAACAUCAUUGUUUUACUUGGAACUCUACCAGACUUGUAUAGAGUUCUGUGAAGACAUUGAUUCUCCAGAGAAGAAGCUUGGAUCUGCUUGGUUUGAUCAUUGUUGGAUUCACUUGGGAUUUCUCUUGGAUUAGGAUUAUCUCUCCUCCGACAAAAUGGUGUCUGCUCUGCCUGUUGCAGAGGCCAAUCAGGAGGAUGGCAACAGCCAAAGCCAUGAAGGAACUGCCUCUAAGAACAACAAUCCAUCCUCCCGUGAAACCAGCUCCUCUCGCUCGACAUCUCCCAGUAACGUCUCGAACAUCCCGACACCAGGCGGACGAGGACUUGGACUUGGCCGCAGUCAAUCUCUCUCGGAUAAAUACGGCCAUCGCAUUGUCAAUUCGACAAGCACGAGUUCGGCAAGUUCUGCUGCAUCAGGAACGAGUCGGAGUACGAGUGGGUACUCCACCUCAGCCUCCUCAACCACUGGCAGGAUUCCCUCUAACAAGAACUCAAUGUUGGACAAAUUCAAAUUCUUUGGUUCAAAGGACAAAACUGGUAGUAAAAGUGGUGUUCCUGCUAAAGCCUCAUCAAAGAGCAGCACAAGUUCUAGGGAUUCCGAUACUUUACGGAGUUCUUAUUCGGAUUCUCGGCCUGGUAGUGCCAGAAAUAGUGCACAUGAACCCAUAAGUGCACAGGCGGGCUCAGCGAGCCCAAAGACUUCUAAAUCCCUGAAGAAAUCUUUAGGGAAAGCCCUUACGUCUUCAAAACGUGAGGGGUCCCCCAAACCAUCCAAGGGUAAGGAUGAUUCUAUACCGCGGGGGAAAACCCCACCUCCCAAUGCAGGGAGGAUGGUGCAGCCUAUGGCCACUUCAUCUGUCUCCUCUAGUGAUCGGGCGUCAUCACGUGGAUCUCCACCGUCAAGUAGGAGGAGCAGUUCUGCCCUCCAGGCACCCAGGUCUGUCAGUAAGUCAGAUAUGAAGAGUGGACAAGCUAGUCCUGAUGCAGGAAAGAAAGGCUCCAAGGCCUCCAGUAUGAUACCUAAAAAUGCUGCUAAAACUAAUGGAAAACCUGCUGCCUCUACUGGGUUGAACUCGCCCAAUAGUCACAUCCCCAUGCCCAAUACUGCUAUACCUAAACCAUCUGGUAUUGCCAAGCCUGGAGCUAAAGCAGCCAUGCACAAGGAUGAGCGCAGGCUAAAGAAUGACUCUAAGCAUGGUAGCAGAUCGCAGCUGCAUGCAUCAACGAGUAAGCAUAACGGGAUGAUCCCCAAUAACCACGAAAGUGCAUCCCUUGGCAGCCAUGACAGGUCACGUGACCAUCGGGAUUCUCGGGAACAAUCUAGUCGACAUCAUGAUUUAGAUCAGAAAUCUGUUGCGUCGCAUUCUUCUUCAUCUCAUCGUGCCGAUUCCAGUCAUAGUCGCUCUAGUCAAGGUCAAGGUCAAAGUGCUGACCAUGCACACAGUAAAGAGAAUCCCUCCCGCCUUAAUAACAACUUAGUGUCACAAUCACAUCAUGAUCAACGUGGCGAUCGCAAUGCUAACAUGUCUGCUGCAGAAAGCAGUUCAAGAUUACAACGUGGUGCUAGACAAUCGCAGGAGCCUACUACACCUCAGGGUCACUCUUCAAACUCACAACUACCAACCCAUACAAACUCUUUACCGAGGAAAAUGGUGAGUAGUGGAGGCACACAGACCAAUGCCAGUAGCUUACAACGGCAACAGAAACACCGUGAGCAGAUACAACAGCAUCAUGAACAACAACAGCAAUUACAUCAUCAGCAACAACAGCAUUCGUCACAUUCGCAACAGCCGCAGCAUCAUACACAACAGCCGCAGCACCAUGUGCAACAGCAACAGCAUCAUGCUCAACAGCCGCAACAUCAUGCUCAGCAACAUCUUCAACAGCAAAGCUCAUCUCAGGUGCGGAGCCUGGAUCGGAAAGAGAGAACACCGCAAUCAGGAGCUACAGCUAAACUUCAGAGAACUGAGAAUAAGAUUGACAAUCGUAAGAGUUCUAAAGCGAAUGCUGAACAUCGCCGGGAUUCUAAUGACAGUAGGAGCCAUUCCAGUUCCAACUCGCACAGUAACAGUGGCACUUCCUCUAAUGACAGUGUCAUCUAUAAUCCAUCUUGUGAUGAGUUAUCGACUGACAGUGACGCCCGCCGUAGCGCAUCGCAAAAACAAAAGAAUACUCAGGGUAAUGCCAGUCCUGAAGUUGGUAUGACACCUCAUAAUAAGUAUGUAAAACACACAAUACCAAAAAAUAAUAAGGUUGAAACGACAUUUGAUUCAGAUGUGCGGACUGAAACGGUGCAUACAAAUUCUCUGCCGAAAGGUUCUGGUCGGAAGGAGACCACGAUCGCCGAGGAUGGUGGAGAGACGAUGGAUGUCAAACCCAUGCAGCCGAUCAUGACGAGGUCCUCGCCCGCUUAUGGCUACCUCAGGACUGGGCCAGCAAACAAAUCCUACGGGAUGUACAGCAGCUUGAAUUACAGUUCAGGCCGACUUGGGCUCCACCGUCCUUUGAUUCCCGAUGGCUCCAAGUAUUUCUCAUUAAAACGGACAAUGUCUGGUUGUAGUAAUACGAAUAGUAGUAACGUUCCUGAUGAUUAUGGUUCCGAUAUAGAAGGUUAUGACGUCGCAGCUGGGUACAUGUCUGAUGGUGACAUUCUGCGCCCGAACGCCCACGUAGAGGACUUCAGCGGGUACAUGAGUGAAGGUGGUGCCUCCCUUUAUGCCAAGAGAAUGCAGCAGAGGUUCCGUGAGGGCAUCGAAGCUGUCGAAGAGUGCAUGAGGAAGAGCAGUGGUUUGAUUGACGAUGACAGUUUCGAUGACAGCAGCUCGAUCAGUAGCGGUGACAUCAGUGAUACCAUUGGCGACAUCAGCACAGAUGAAAAUCUGACCGGGUCAUCUGUGAGCGCCUCGUCUGAUUACCAUCAUCCCUAUGGUAGUCUCAAGCGACCACCGAAGCCCGACAUCAACACAUUAGUUGGCAAGACUGGUAGCUACUAUGGUGCGAAGACCUCAUACAUCGGUAACAAGAAUUUGAACCACGCCGACUAUGACUACACUGCCUGGCGGAAGUACAAUGGGGAACAGCAACACAACUACGUGAACCUUGACUACAGCAGUGAGCCGGACACGAGCACUCUCUCCCACUGGCGCAAAGAGAGAAAUGACCUGAAGAGCUGCUAUGCAACCACCAACUCGCUCCGACGUCACUCUGAUGCUCAGACAAUCAAAGCGUCUGCGGAGAAUCUUGUGCAACAUGAUGGAGGUAGCAAACCUAUGAAAGUUGACUCAGAGACUAACACUGAUGCUUCUUUAAUCAUGAUGCAUAAGCAGGGCCAACGCCCUGGUCAGAUGCCAGCAGGAGCAAACUUCGGUUUCCGCAGGCCUGUCAGUGGUGCUAGUACAAGCUCCAUUGGGAGCUCAAUGAGUGCAUCUGCUCCAAGACCAGUGAGCGGGAAACCGCCUAGCAUGUCUAACAGCUAUGACUCUAGCAGUUUGCAGAGGAAUGGCCGAGCUGUUGUGAACGGCAGUCAGACACAGGGUCAACUUCAGAAGGACCCCAAGACAGACAUGGGACCUGAAGCAUACAGUUCUAGUACUCUUGAGAGGAAUCCACGCAGGAGUAACAUGGUUCCCUCUAAUACUCAGACAGGAUUAAAUGUUGUCACUUCGUCUUCAAACAUUGACUUUGAACAGUAUAAAUCAAACACUCUAGGGCGUAAGAAGCCUGGGGACAGUAACUUGAAAGAUCGCCUCUUUGGGAGUCGUGGUAGCUUGAACAAGAGUCCGGUACAGAAUACUGAUCCGUUGAUAAUUGGUAAUCCACAUGCAACAUUUGGUAGUAAAGGACAGAACUCUAAUGGUCAGGUUCAACAGACCAAGCAGAACCAAGGAUCGGGUCGGAGUGAUUAUGCUGCAUUAAAUAUGCCUUAUAUGAACAAUUAUGUCGGUCAGGACUACCACCCCGGUCACAGUCGGCCGUUAAGUGGUGUACCUAACCCCACCCAUCCCUCCAACUGGUUAAAGAAUACACCUCAUCGCCACGGCUUAAGUUUGUCAGAGACUGAGAGUAUGGAGUCACUUUCUUCUGCAGGUUCCAGUGUUCAGGCCCAGAUUCAGCAGGCACGAGCGCACAGCAUGGCUACCCGAAAUAUCCUCUCACACAAUCGGGAUAGCUUCACGUAUGGCGUGGAUCGUAAUGGACACUCCUCCAACAAGUCCGAGCGUCUCUCCCAAACUCUGUCGCAGCACUUGGAUGGCGAUCUACCUCGAACUAGUUCCUACCAGCAAAUCAAUCAAUCUCAACCUUCAUCACCCACCCCGAGCGUUGGUUCCCAAUCCUCCUCAAGAUUCACGUACCCCAUGACUGCCCUUAGUCCUACCAUGGUGCAGAGUGCGUCCACGCACAGCCUGGUGCGCUCCAGCAGCCAGCAGUCCAACCUUCCUUACGCUGGUAUCGGGAUGCCGUUAACCAAAUCUGGCUCACGAGACGAAGAAGUCCAUGGCUCGCAGCUUUCCCUGGUCUCCAGCAGCUCAUCGUUGUAUUCAGCAAACCCUAGUGAAGAAAAACAAGCCUCAGAGAUCCGUAAACUUCGGCGGGAACUUGAAUCAGCUCAGGAAAAGGUUUUGACCUUGACAUCACAGCUCAGUACAAAUGCUCAUGUUGUCGCUGCGUUUGAACAAAGUCUUUCCAACAUGACAACACGUCUUCAGUCUCUCACAGUUACUGCUGAACAGAAGGAUUCCGAGUUGACCGACCUCCGAAUAACCAUCGAGUCGUUGAGGAAGCAGAGUGGUGGAAUUACUUGCGAGGCACUUGAUAGAACCCCGGUCAUACCCAGACGGUCGUCUUCUUUAAAACCAGAACAACAAGUGACGAGUCCGUCAGAUGCCCAAAAUCUGAGUCGGCAGAUUUCCUCGGACAGCAUGUCAAGUAUUAACAGUUUAUCAAGUGCGUGCAGCGUGACGAGUCAGCAGUCAUCGAUCACAGAGUCUGAUAAGAAGAAAGGCAAGAAGGGCAAAGGAAGCUGGCUUCGGAGUUCCUUUAGUAAAGCCUUCUCAUCGAAUAAAAACAAGAAAAGCAAAGGCUCGGCGUCAGACUUGGAUGAAACGUCGAGUAUGCACUCUGAUAUAUCUGUGCCCAACUCACCUCUUCUUCAAGGCUUACACAGCAAUAUGCCAGGGACACCACUGUCAGGCAUGAAGCUCUCAAACUCCUCCCACGCGCUGGGUGACGAUGAGGAAUGUAGGGUCUUACAGAAACAGCUACAAGAGAAAGACAUGAAACUGACCGAUAUCAGAUUGGAGGCGCUGUCGUCUGCUCAUCAGCUGGAGCAGCUCCGAGAAACGAUGACCAGAAUGAAGACCGAGAUGUCAUCACUGAAACAGGAUAAUAAGAGACUACACACCAUGGUCUCAUCGCAAAACAGCCUGAAUAGGCUUGACGGGAGCUAUGGGAACUUGGAGCUAUCCGAGAAUGAGAUGUCGACGUUGAAAGCUGAUAACGAUCGCCUCCAGAGAAUGGUGCAUUCUGGGAGCAAGCCUAGCAGUCCGAGCAGUCCGUGCGCACCGAUGACGCUAUCACCAAAGGGAAGUGAUGACCUCGACAAGCGGUUGAGUUUAGGAGAGGACCAUGCGUCGAAUUUAGAUAUGCUGUUGAAUGACAGUUCUGAUCGUGAUGGAAGGAGGAUAUCGAUAUCAGUUUACAGUGGGAACGAGACGGACGUGAAGCAGUUGAUGGAAAUCCGGCCGCCAGAGAUCUACCUUGGGACGAUGUCAGUCAGCGGGAAAAUAAGAUGGGAUAUGUUGGACAGCAUUGUGAAGAGAAUAUUUAAGGAUUAUUGCAUCCGAGUUGACCCAGUCUCUCAUCUUGGACUCAAUUCUGAAAGUGUUUUAUGCUACCAUAUUGGUGAAAUUAUUCGCAUUAAGGGCUCAAAUGCAAAAGACCCCGAGCUCCUACCCUGCGGUUACCUGGUCGGUGAAGACAUGUCAAUAAAGAUUGUGUUGAAAGGCUCCCAACACAACAGUGUGGAUAACGUAGCAUUUGAGACGUUGAUACCCAAGUCUAUUAUACAGCGGUACAUCUCGUUGCUCAUCGAACACAGGAGGAUUAUUCUGUGUGGACCCAGUGGCACAGGCAAGACAUACCUCGCUCAGAAACUGGCCACUUACUUGGUGCUAAGAUCUGGUAAAGAACUCGCCCCGACUGCUAUCGCAACGUUUAAUGUCGACCACAAGUCAAGCAAAGAACUGCGGCAAUACUUGACGAACAUAGCUGAGCAGUGUGAGAGCAGUUCGGCUAGUGAGCUGCCCUCUGUUGUCAUCUUGGACAACCUUCAUCAUGUCGGCUCACUCGGUGAAGUCUUCAACGGUUUCCUCAGCUGCAAAUACCUCAAGUGCCCAUACAUCAUUGGAACAAUGAACCAGGCAACAUGUUCCACCACCAACCUCCAACUUCACCAUAACUUCCGAUGGGUGCUAUGUGCGAAUCAUAUGGAACCGGUCAAGGGAUUCCUGGGACGAUAUCUGCGGAGAAAGCUGAUUGAAGCGGAGGUGAAAACGGGCAUGCGCAACAACGACUUGAACAAAAUGUCAGAGUGGAUGCCGAAAGUUUGGCAACAUUUGAACAAGUUCUUGGAAACUCAUAGUUCGUCAGACGUAACCAUUGGUCCACGUCUGUUCCUGUCAUGUCCGAUGGACAUGUCUGGCUCACAAGUUUGGUUCACGGACCUGUGGAAUUACUCCAUUGUUCCGUAUAUGUUGGAGGCAGUUCGAGAAGGACUUCAGGUGAGAAACUUGUAUGGUCGUCGUGCCCCAUGGGAAGAUCCAGCAGAAUGGGUGAUUGAGACAUACCCGUGGGGACCCACCAAUGACGGCCACAGCGAAGACUGGCCGUCGCUACAGAGACUGCGACCGGAGGAUGUUGGGUAUGAUACACAGGGAAUGGUGGGAGAAGGAAAAGCGAAGGCCACCCAGCAAGCCCAGAGUGAUGUUGAGGGAGACCCAUUGUUAAAUAUGUUGAUGAGACUACAGGAGGCAGCAAGUUAUUCAAGUCCACAGAGUAACGAUAGUGAUAACACAAGCCUGGACAGCCAUAGCACUAAUGACAUGAACAAAUCUGACCACGGGUCAUCUUCACGGACAAACUCAGGCAGUGUGGAGUCAACCAUUUGAAAGAGUUGAGCCUACAGGCCCAUUGUGGCGAUAGUGCAAUAAGUCAUGGGAUUAGUGGAGGGUCUCGUUUAGAGGUUCUUAUUCCAGUGCCUGAUACUAGCUGUGUUCAGAUAUGGCGGUCGAUUCAAGUGUAUCAGGCUUCUGCUUUGGUAGAAUUCAGUUCACGCGGACAGUGUGAGGUGAUUCUGGGAUUCCAUAUCAUGUGGACGGGAAAAGAUAGAACUGGCCAAGCCUUGAUCCUACAAAAUGUGGACAGGAUUAACUGAGCAGGAGUGAAAGUGUUAAAAGGAACAAACCAGGAACAAUAUCUGUUGUGAUAAAGUGAAAGGUAUGGCUUUGCGGCCAUAGCUCUGCAAGAAGGAAGUGGACUUGUUGGCCCUACAUUGUGUCAGUGGUGUCAAGGGGUAAAGACUGGUCUAUCCUAAGUAUGAACUGAAGUCUCGCACUCAAAUCUGUGUCUCCUAAAGUUUAACUAAAAGUGAAGUUUAAUCUUAGAGCUGACUCAUGUCUAUAGCUCGAGCCAGCUUGAGUUUUUCAAAGCCGAAGUAUAAGUCAACGAUUUUACUUAAGCUAAACUUACUUAAGCUAAACUUCAGUUUAGCUUAAGUCCCUUAAGUGUAUUUACUUAAGAUGAAUCUUAAGUCAUUGUGCCUUAUCUUUUCUAUUUAAUCUUAGACCAAACUUAGCUAACCAUAUUACAUGUAUGUUGAUAUGUGAAUGAAUGUGUAGCACAAUGUAUGUUAGGUCAAAUUGGUUUCUGUAUUAUUUUAUAUAAUCUGUAUCAUCAUGUAUUUGUCGCCGCUCUGUAUUUAGUCACAGCAGGCAGUGAAUCUCACAAUGAAUGAUGGUUUCAUGGUCACAUUAUGUAUAAUACUCUUUAAGAAAUCAGAGGAGUGCCACGUUAUAUAUGGUAUCUCUUUGAAUGAUGACGUCAGAAGAUGAGAGGGGCAUGAUUUUGACGGUGGCCAGGAGUGCCGUUCUUCCUCAAUCAACUAUUUUACUUCGCAUGAAACACUUAAAUUGUUGCCAAACAUGAAGUAUAAAAUGUACCACCAUUUGGUUUGGUGGCAUCGGGGGGAAGUAAUCCUACCAAUUUUUUAGUCAAUCGAAGAAAAACGUGACAAAUUCUUUGGGUGAUUUUUUGGUAAAAUACUCUGUUCUCAGAUAUUCAUGGAGUGUUUGCACCCAUGUGACCAGGGAAUGUCCCCUCGGUGGUGAUUGACAUCGGGGAUCCUCAUUGUGAAUAGACAUACACAUCAUUGGCCAAUCAGUGACCUGUUAUGAUAGAUAUAUAUAACCUCAUUUGAAUAUGUAAAUGACUCACAAUCAUGGUGCUGAAUAUUACACUGACAAAUGCCUCGUGGCAGAAAAAACAUGCAUUUUAGCAAAUCAAUGUAGAUAGAGUAGGAAUAGGUAUCAAGUGAACUAAUAAUGAUCAUGAGGCAGAAAGUCUUACGUACCCUAUAGUCCGUCAUGGUGCAAAAACACCUCAAAGAACUAGUGAGUGCUCUACCUAAGGCUUGCUGGGUACUUGUGCCAGGUGAAUAUGGACUUGUUUGAGAUAUUUGUCAAUCGUUUGACAGAUAUACAUGAUCAUUUUAUCGCCUGAUGUGUCGAUCCCCGCUCGGGCCCUACCUCGCCUACCACCAAUAUAACUAAACUACCUGCUACAUAUGAUGUUGGGCGAGCAUCGCUUUUAGUUUUUGGAUUGCUCCUUGUCACUAAAAAUCAGUAUUUUGACAAUAUUGCUCCAAAAACUUUCAGUUUGGUUCAAAUUAUUUGAAGACGAUUUAAUCAGGAUUGAGUUCACUCAAACUAUAAAGGUUUAGCUUUGAUGUGAAAACAGUCAUGGGCAAAUUCUUCUGAUAUUGAACCAAAUGUUUGAUGACCAUUUGAACUGUCUGUGCAGUAUUGUAUCCUUGUAUAUUGAGGCAGCUCUGGUUUACAUGGGUUCAUAUGGUAGUUGUUAUAGGACCUGGUGUGAGCAUACAUAGAUGUUUCCCUAAAUGUUGAUGUCAUGUGCAAUCAGCAGGCUUUAGUUUAGCUUAAUGAUCAGCUUGUAUUUUUCAAGGGGGGGGGAUUUUCCACCGCUAUCAUGCAAAAAUGUAUUCUUUGGUCACAUUCACUCUUUUAACAUGACAUUUGUAUGUCACCGCUGCCACAAUUGUUUUGUCGUUAGGUCAUUUAAAUACAUGUAUAUCCAUCUCAUUCGUCUAUUUUUGUAGUUUUCUGAACAAAGACAGACUUUAAGCGAACAUUUUCUAUAGAUGAAAGUAAUUGGAGGAAUUGAGCUGAGUUAGCUGAUGUAGUUUCAUUUUCAUAUUGUAGGUUCAUUCAAGGGAAGGUUGGUGAGCUAAUCAACCUCUGGUUUAAUUUAGAAUCAUUUCAGAAUAAGCAAACAUUUUCUAUAGAUGAAAGUAAUUGGAGGAAUUGAGCUGAGUUAGCUGAUGUAGUUUCAUUUUCAUAUUGUAGGUUCAUUCAAGGGAAGGUUGGUGAGCUAAUCAACCUCUGGUUUAAUUUAGAAUCAUUUCAGAAUAAGCAAACAUUUUCUAUAGAUGAAAGUAAUUGGAGGAAUUGAGCUGAGUUUGCUGAUGUAGUUUCAUUUUCAUAUUGUAGGUUCAUUCAAGGGAAGGUUGGUGAGCUAAUCAACCUCUGGUUUAAUUUAGAAUCAUUUCAGAGUAAAACAGAAUUGCAUUUUUUAUCAUCAUGUUUAGAAGGGUUGCAUUUGUUUUGCCAGUGAGGAAUAUCUGGAAACUGCAGUUUUCAAAUGGAAAAUGUUUAGACAUAAACAUGAGAGUGAAAUAGGCAACCCUUCUAAUUGUAUCAUUGUAUACCUACUAUUAAUAUUUAUUGCAUAUUAGUACCUUGUGAAUAGGUCCCCAGCUUCCAUCAUUUAGCAUGAACCUUAUUUAUGUUGCAAAAUGUAAAUAACAUUUGCUUUAUCGUGUAAUUCUUUAUUGAUUUUAUGACAUUUUGUGUUGGUCUUUGUUAAUGCACCAAAGAUGAUUUAGACAUCACCUCUGUAUUAUUGGUCAUCAACAGGUCGUAACCAUGCUGCAAAACGUUCCUAUUUGUGAAAAGUGAUGUGUGUGAAAGUUUUAUGACAUCAGCCCUAAAUCAAAUAAUAAACAAUUUCAAGUCUUGUUCAAAACAAAUUUGAAUAUUUCAGAGUGAGAAACUUUGCUUUCGCCGACAAAACAAGAAUUCAGUUUUUGGACAUGGAGAUUUCAUCUUUGAAUUGCUUCUUUGUGCGUUUUCUAUGUAUUCCUGUUCUAUAGGUUACAUUCUUUGCUGGGUGUACUCCACUCUCCAUAGCUGAGUUAAAGGUUUUGAAAUAUUUUUCUUAACUCUGUCUGUGGAGAGUUGACCAACUGUGAUGUUCUCAAAAUUGAUAUAUUGACAAAAAUAUUGUAAAAAUCAUCUUUUACUUUCAAAUGUUGAAGUGUAGGGAGGGGGAGGUGACUUAUCAGGAAGACUUUUGGUUUUUUUGGGAUGUUGAGUGUAAAAACAUUUGAGAGUAUCACAGACUAUGCAUUUUGAGGGACUGGCCCUCAGAUAUAAUGUCUGAAUUUCAGACUGAGUUAUGGGACAUUUUGACUGAAUUUAGAAUAGACGCAACCCGUUUGGGAUACUGGUUGGUUGAUUGUUUCCUACUUUGGCAGAGAUUUAUGCCGGUGAAGGAACGUUCAACCAUUUAGUUAUUGUAUAUAAUCAACCACUGACAUCAGAGGCCAAAUUCAUGAAAACAUGUGAAAGCUCACAUGAAUCAUUCAUGAUUUAAGCACUUUUGACAUUGAAGUAUUAUUACAAUACUCUUGAUAUCAAAAGCCUCUGGCAUCAGCUCUUUGAUACUGAUGUUAGUGGUUUUAAAUGUUGUCCCUUAAUAGUUUAGAUGUCGCUUAACUCCGUGGGGGUACGGUACUCUGCUUUACUUUCUUACGAAACUCAUUUUGUAUCAUCAUGACUUUUUGGUGGAUCGCGAAAUUUCGGUUUUCAUGGAAAAAUAUAUUUUCGUGGUUUUUUCUCUUGCAAAGAUAGGUUUUUGUUGCAAAGUUCUUGAAAAAGAACCUGCAAGAAUUAUCAGCUAACAGUGGUACCAAGUGAGUUUCUUGUUAUUGCUUGUAGUUGCGAUGUUGUCUGAGCUUUUGAGAUCAAAGUACGGUCGUCAAGGUGACAAAAUAUUUGCUGCUUGCCCUUUCUGAUAAUUCGAAAAUUUCCUGAAUUUUGGGGCAUUACUACUAAUUCGGAGUCACAAUACUUGCUCCACUGUGAGUGUUUGUUUCUGCAGUGUGUGUUACAACUUCAAAUUUGUAUGUAUCAAACGGUCGCUGACUUCAUGCCCAUGAAGGUCAUCAUCAUUUUGUAGAGAAUAAUUUGUGUGAGACCAUUGUAAUGAUUUGAUGCUACAAAGACUGCACAUGUACAUAUCAUCAUCAUUUGAUGGUGGAAAUUUCAUACAGAAUAAAAAUGUGUUACUGUUUUUAUUGUUAAA